CGCUGACGCUGAACUCGGACAAACCGCAGAGAACAUCACACUGGUUUCCUUCAUGUCACGCCACAGUCCACCAGCAAGUUGGCCAGCAAGCAGCAGCGAUGACAGUAACGUACUCUCGCAGGGUUGCUGAUGCAGGUCUGGGGACCUUCUUUAACCUGCUUCUGCGAUGGAAGGGCAGCAUCUAUAAACUGCUCUACAGAGAGCUCAUCAUCUUCACUCUUCUCUACUCCUUCUUCAGUAUCGUUUAUAGGUUUGUGUUAAAUGAUGAGCAGAGGAGGCUGUUUGAGAAGCUGUCGAUAUACUGUGACCGCUAUGCGGAGCUCAUCCCUGUGUCAUUUGUUCUGGGGUUCUAUGUCACCUUGGUCGUGUCCCGUUGGUGGGGCCAGUUUGAGAACGUCCCCUGGCCGGACCGCUUGGCAGCAUUAGUGGGUGGUCAUGUCCGUGGAGCUGACGAGGCCUCCAGGCUGACCCGACGAACCCUGAUGCGAUACGCCAACCUCUCUGGCGUGCUCAUCUACCGCUCCGUCAGCACUGCCGUCUACAAGAGGUUUCCCACCAUGGGCCAUCUGGUGCAGGCAGGUUUGAUGACCUCCGAGGAGCUGAGGCACCUGGAGGACUUGCCCUCUCCUCACAACAAGUUCUGGGUUCCCUGCAUGUGGUUCGUCAGCCUGGCUCUGAGGGCUCGGACCGAGGGUCGCAUCAAUAACGACGUGGCGCUCACAGCCAUUCUCACUGAGUUGAAUAGUUUACGGGCAAAGUGCAUGAAGCUGUACGGUUAUGACUGGAUCAGCCUGCCUCUUGUCUAUACUCAGGUGGUGACAGUGGCGGUCUACAGCUUCUUCCUGGCUUGUCUGAUUGGUCGUCAGUUCUUGGAUCCAGCUCAGGGGUACCCUGGUCAUGAUGUGGACUUCUACCUGCCUGUUUUCACCCUGCUGCAGUUUUUCUUCUAUGUCGGUUGGCUGAAGGUGGCUGAACAGCUCAUAAAUCCUUUUGGUGAAGACGAUGAUGACUUUGAAACCAACUGGCUUGUUGAUCGCAAUUUACAGGUGUCCCUGUUGUCUGUGGAUGAGAUGUACGACAGCCUGCCGGUGGUUGAGAGGGACAUGUACUGGAAUGAGUCUGAACCUCAGCCUCCCUACACUGCUGCCAGUGCUGAACACCGCAAACCCUCCUUCAUGGGCUCAGCCCUGGAUAUCAGUGUUCCUAAAGAGGAGAUGGAGUUUCAGUCCAAUCUGGAGCAAAUCAAAGAACAUGAGGAAGCCAACUACUCCACCCCGCUGAUUGGGGGGCUGGGUCGUCUUCUCGGUGUCCAGUCCCCCAACUUUCAUCGCUCCUCCCGGGUAUCUCUGCUGCGCCGCCGCCCUGGAGCUCCACUAAGCCGCUUCCCUCUGUACCUGCACCCAGAGACGCCAUCAACUCCAAGUCUAGUCCGCCAGCCUUUGAGCCAAGACCGAGAUCCAGACUACGCCUUCUCCACUAUGCCCCUGUAUGAGAGACCGGGUUUCUACAGCUGCCCACAAACACCAAUCCACUGUGUGCCCCCUGCGGUGGCCCGCCCUCGACCUGCCCGGCGAACUCAGAACGAGUGGGACCGCAGCUGCAGCUCCCUCGCUCCUCCAAUGGUGGGCUCGCAGUUGCUGCCUCCUGACACCCCCAACCAUGUCCCCCCACCGCCAUCCUCUGCUUUCCCUUGGCUGAGUGAGGAUGGUGACAUCCCGAAUGCCCCAACCUUCUCCUUCCCCGACCCUCCACCUGAACUCUGCCCAAUAUCUAAACUCAGACCAGGACACGGCCUGCUUUCUCGCCGCCCUCCUCCCCCCCGUCUAACCCUGGACACCCUCCCCUCAGCAGAGAGUCAGCCUGGACCCCCAAGUGCUCGGGCAGCAGGAAGCGGAGGAGAAAGGGUGUUCUCGUUCACUCCUCCCUCUCGCACAGCGGCAGCAAAUCCCAGUAAUCCCAACAGCAGCUCUAGCAGCAUUAAUGCAACAAGCACCAACAGCGCUGGCACAACAGGAAGUCUGUGCAACGGUACAAGUCACAGUAAUUUUAGUAACCAUGGGAACUUCAGCGCUAACAUGAGGACAAGCAACGGGGGCACCAACGGCGGGCUGAGCAAUAAUAUGAACACAGUCUCCACUUCAGUGUCAUCACAGCAAGAAACAAAUCAGCAAAACUCACCCAAUGAUUCAGGGAUCUCAUUGGCUGAGGGGGACCUGCUGGGCGUUCUGGUGGACGGUGGGGUGAACAAGGCGACAGGAGGGAGGGAGCAGGACUGAGAA